UAGAAAACAACCCUGGAUAUGAUAUAAAUGUUGAUCUGUGAAUACGUACAUGAUACAGGAAGAAACAGCUUGAGCUUAGUAAUAACAACAAUCCAGCAACAUUUCAUCAUCCUUUUUAGAAGAAUUAAAAUUAUUAUUAAUUCGGGUAAUCUUCCAAAAUGAAGAUGGUACUAGAUGAGAAAGCAAUUUUAACUCUGUCCACGGGCAUUUUUGCCGGUGUUGGGACAACCAUUUCCCUCGCGGCAGUCCCCGCAAUUCUGGCGUCAUCCGACCCUUUGCCCGUCUGGAGGAAUAUGUACGAUAACGGCAAGGCCAUGGCAAUGAUCAGCAUUUUUGUGACCAACGUUGCUGGAGUUCGGCUAUAUAUUAUCGAGAAAGAUACAAACUAUCUCAUCGUUUCUGGCAUUUCAUUGUCAAUCUUUUUCUGGACACUGGCGACUAUGCACUACCCCAUAAACAGUGUCCUUUGUGCUAUCGAGGACAAGAACAAGGUAGCUGAAGAUGCCAAAAUUAGAAAGCUGAUCAGUAAAUGGGCGCAGAAACAAUGGGUCCGAACCACGCUUGGAGUUGCUGCGUUUGUCGUGGCUGUGAUGGCUUGCAAGAAAUAAGCUGUAUCAUUGUGGGGCAUGACAUAUGAGAGGAGAUCAGUAUUUUAAAACGAAAAUUUCAAGUAAAAAUCUACUUUUCGUUGACAUAAUUUCCCAGUGUUGAAUAAAUAGAUUUAUAGGACAAUCUUUAAAUCUGGCCGGAAUUAAAAACACCUUCUUUUUCAA